UGUGCGGGUUUGCCCAGGUGAUCCCAGUCUUCCCGUCCAACCUUCCAGCUGGGAAUUCUCCAGGCGGCUGGAGUGGUGUGAGCUGAAACGUGGCUUGGAGAGCGGGGUUUGGAGCCCCCCUCGGUCACAGCAGCUCUGGCAUUCCUUGCCCUCAUCUCACCCUCAGCUCCCCGCUCCUCCGCGAAGACUCCCCGCAUGCCUCAGAGCCAGGUUUCUGCUGCGGGAGAGAUCAACCGGCUGCUGUCCUCUUACCCCCUCGUAAGGGAGCAAAUCCGAGGCCCAGACCGGACGGUUCCGGGGCAGGGAGCAGAUCUCCAACCCCAGAGCUGAGAUGGAGCUGAUGACGAGGCUGCAGCUCCCCAAGGAACUGGUGCCCCUGCGCAGCAGCUCGGUAUCCGUGUUGAUCCGAGGCUUUGUGGCUGAUGUGGGCUGCGAGCUGCUCUACAGGAAUGAGGAGCCGGGGCCCAUGGAGGUUGUGUUCAAGUUCCCCGUGGAUGCCGAGGCAGCUGUCUACGCCUUCCAGGCCUGGCUGGGGGGGGCCUGCAUCCAGGCCCAGCUCCACGAGAAGAAACAGGCGCAGGAGCUGUACGGGGACGCACUGGCGGGGGGGGCAGAGAUAGUUUCUGCUGCAGCAGGAAGGGGCCAGGGGCGACGUGUUCAGCUGCUCCCUGGGGAAUCUGCCCCCGGGGAGGAGGCAGUGUUGACCCUGCGCUAUGUCUGUGAGCUGCCGCUGGAGCCUGACGGGGCUGCCCGCUACGUGCUGCUGACCGUGCUGCAUCCCCGCUACAUGCCCCAUGGCUGGGAUGGGGAGGAUGUCACCCAGGGGGUCCUGCGGGUCCCCCAACGGGAGCUGCCCUAUAUCCUGAGUGCCACGCUGCAGUCGCCCCACGGCAUCAACCGCGUGCUCUCCAACUGCCCCCUCACUCACCUGAGCUAUACAGCCGGGAACCAAACCACUGCCCAGGUGUCAUUGGCCCAGGUCCCCCUGUGAGAUCGGGACGUGGAGUUGCUGGUGUAUUAUGCAGAGCCACACAAACCUAGCGUGGUGCUGGAGGCUCGGCUGCCUGGAGCCA